AACAUCUCUCUCUCUCUCUUUCUCUUCCUUUGGUGUUCAUUCUAAUUAGCUCUGUUAACUAAGUUGAUUAAAAUGUCAACCUCUUCAUAUGGGUUUUUAGCCCUUCUGUUGUAUGCUCUAAUGGCAAGCUCUUUAAGGGUUGCCUUUGCUGGAAAUUUCUACCAAGAUUUUGACCUCACUUGGGGUGGAAAUCGUGCUAAGAUGCUUAAUGGAGGGCAACUUCUUACUUUGUCUUUGGACAAAAGCUCUGGUUCUGGUUUCCAAUCCAAGAAUGAGUAUCUAUUUGGGAGGAUUGAUAUGGAACUCAAGCUUGUUGAAGGCAACUCAGCUGGCACUGUAACUGCAUACUAUUUAUCUUCUCAAGGGCCAACCCAUGAUGAGAUUGAUUUUGAGUUCUUGGGAAACCUUAGUGGAAACCCUUAUAUUCUACACACCAAUGUGUUCACUCAAGGGAAAGGAAACAGAGAACAGCAAUUCUACCUCUGGUUUGACCCUACAAGGAACUUCCACACUUACUCCAUUGUUUGGAACACACAAAGGAUCAUCUUUUUAGUAGAUAACAUUCCCAUCAGAGUAUUCAGCAACCAAGAAGCAAUUGGCAUUCCUUUCCCCAAGAACCAGCCCAUGAGGAUCUACUCUAGCCUCUGGGACGCCGAAGAUUGGGCCACAAGAGGUGGGCUUGUGAAAACAGAUUGGACCAAAGCACCUUUCACUGCCUACUACAAGAACUUCAAUGCUAAUGCCUGUGUCUGGUCUUCUGGAACCUCACAUUGCGGUUCAAAGUCUUCUUUUGGUAAUGGAGCAUGGCAGACACAAAGCCUCGAUGCCACGGGUAGAAGGAGACUCAGAUGGGUACAGAAAUAUUACAUGAUUUACAACUAUUGCACUGAUUUGAAGCGAUUCCCGCAAGGUGUUCCUCCUGAGUGUAGACGUUCAAGGUUCCUUUAGAAGCUUUAGUUUAUGUGUCAAUUAUGUGAAUGAUCGAGUUUGUGAUUUAUCCAUUGCUGGUCCAGUCAUCAGUGCU